AUGAAGCGUGCCCUUGGAGCAGGCUGUGGCAAGCUGACCAAUCAGAGCACCGGGAGUUGCUCCGAGCUGCUUUGCUCCAAAGGGGCGCGCCGCUUCCUUCCCCUCGGCUGCCGGAUCCAGCACGGAACUUCCGGCCAGGGUACCAGCGAGACGAGGCCAGAAGGGCCCUCUGCCGCCGCAGGGAUGCUGUUGCUAGGCGCUGCUGCGGCGCGGGGGCUGCCGCGGCGUCCCGGCGCGGCCCGCGGGGGUUGCCGCGGCCUGAGUGCGCCUGCGCCGCCGGGGGGGUGGGGCUGGGGCUGCUACGAGGCCUUGUCGGCGUCGGCGCCCGUGGCGUGGGCCGAGGCGGGGCUGGCGGGGCUGCAGGCCGCCUCGGGGCUGCCCUGGUGGGCCAGCGUGGUCGCCGCCAGCGCCCUCCUCCGCACAGGCCUCACCCUCCCGCUCGCCGCCCAACAGGCCCGCGUCCUCGCCAAGCUGGAGAACCUGCAGCCGGAGCUCGGGGGCCUGGCGCGGAGGCUCCGCCAGGAGGUGUCGGCCUGUGCCCAGCAGCGCGGCUGGUCCGAGGCGGCCGCCAGGUUCCAUUUCAAGAAGAAUCUGAAAAGGAUUGUCUCAGAGUUAUACGUUCGAGAUAACUGUCACCCUUUUAAGGCCAGCUUGCUGAUAUGGAUACAGGUUCCAGUGUGGGUCUUUGUUUCCAUCGCUUUGCGUAACUUCAGCAUUGGUAGGGCAGCUUCUGCAACAGGGUUUCUGAUUCAGAAACAGCUUUCCAUGGGAGGUACCCUCUGGUUUAUGGACCUCACUGCACCUGAUCAUACUCUGAUUUUGCCCAUCACUCUUGGACUCCUGAAUCUGUUGAUAGUGGAAAUUUUUGUCUUGCAAAAAACCAGGCUGUCCAGGUUUCAGAAGUAUACCACUCACUUCUUUCGAGGGAUGUCUGUACUUAUGGUCCCUAUUGCUGCAAGUGUACCAUCAGCCAUGGCUUUGUACUGGGUGUCCUCAAGCUUCAUGGGACUUUCACACAACCUUCUGCUCCGCUCUCCUGCUUUCCGCAGACUUUGCCGCAUACCUCGGACCAAGUCUGAUUCAGACACUCCUUACAGAGACAUUGUUGCUGCCUUCAGUGCUAAGUAUUUCUUGAAGUGAGAUAUUUACAGUUCAA